AUGUCAUUGGGCUGUGAUUUUAUCAAAGUUGAUUUUGGUGAUCAACUUGGAACUACAAUUCCUAGUGCAAAGGAUGAUCACGUUAUUAAUGACGAUGUUAUUCAAAGCGAGGAUCUAAAUAAAGUUCAAGAAUUGUCUAGUAAAGUGGAUAACGUCCUCUCUAGCAUGGAGUCAAUGAGAAUUGUAAACAUGGUUCGGGACGAAAUAAUUGAUAAAAUCAUUGAAUCUGUAAGUCGCAUUGAGACAAUGAUAUCACAACUCAGUCUAAACAAUGAUUACGAGACUCCGACCAAGCUCUCUGUACAAAACAGACAUCCAAUCUCAAGAUUGAAGGCUAAGAGUUUGGCUAUUGAUAUUCAUACAGCUAUAUCAGACGAUGAGGAUGAUCUUACUGUACUGGAUCAUAUGUCUUUCACCCACGAUGAUCCGUUCCACAUCAAGAUCAAUAUGGACAAACCAGUAUCUCCAACUAUAAGAUCUGCACCAAAAAAGAAAAAUAUGUCAAAGGGUAAGAGCAUUAUGGGGACGCAGAAAAAAUUACCGUUCACUCACCCAGGCGGAAUUAUAAAGCCAAAGAUUGAGCCCAGAUCAGUCAAUAAAUCGAAGGCGUCUUAUGCACUGAGCCAACCCACAAAAGACUAUAGAAGACCUGUUUAUUUCUUUUCCAUUACCAACUCAAUGCAGUGUCAAUUUAUGCCAACUCCAACCAUGCGUCUUUUGGAAGAUCAGAUAAAGGCCUGUGCAUAUAUAUUUUUAGCAUCGCUAGAUCCAUCUGAAGAGCUUGUCGUAACAGAUACAAUCAGAGCAACUAGAUCAGACUUUGAACAUUUCAUACCUGACAGACCCAUUACUGAUAAGAUUCUUGAAUUAGCGGCAUCGAACUGCACUGAUUUUCAAUCUGAUAUAAGUUUCAAGACAACAUGGCAACUUCCACCGAGAUUUGCGGUGGAUGUCUUCAACAAGAAAGAUUUAAAGAAGAAGAUGGAAGACUACAUUUAUAAAUUUAUGCAACCUACUGCUGAUUUAAAAUAUAUAUAUGUUCCUAUUCAAGAGGAUGACUACUGGUAUCUAAUGGUAAUAUCAGUUUGCGAGUGA